AUGGCUCGGUCCUUCAUAAUGCUCUCACUGGCUGCUCGCACGGCAGCGUUUAACGCGCCGCGCACGGCCUCGUUGCGGCUCGUGCGCCAUGCCGCGUCGCGCGCGGAGCGUGAGCUCGAGUUACUACGCAAGACAGUACCACAACUGAAAGAUGAGCUGCGCGCGCAAGGGCUGAAAGUCGGCGGGCGCAAGGCCGAGCUCAUCGAGCGCUUGCUGGGCCCGGGCGAGAUUAUGGAGGACGAGCUCGAUCUCGAUUGCGACGUGCCACAGGCCGUCACGGCCAUGACGCCGACCGUACUCAUAGAAGCGUGCAAGAGCUGACAGGCCUUCGCGCGCGCGGCGGCGAAGGUGCAGGGACUCGUGGCAAGCAGCGCCAAAGUCGUCGGUCACGCGCGGAAGGGCUUCACGCCCGCAGAACCCCUGCCCGACAAGCCGUGCAAGAGCGUCUUCCGCGUGACAGCGAUGCCCGUGGGUCGGCCACCGCUAAUCGUGGCCGAGACAGGACCGGAACCUCGACCCUUCAAGGACCUCAAGGCGCUCGACCUGGACGAGGUCGCGGACGCGUGCUUGGCGGCGCUGCAGUGA